AUGAAUUCAUUGAAUACAAGAGAAGCAAAAGAAAUUGAGUUAAUCAAUUUGCUAUAUAAUAAUUUUCCUACAUUACGACUCAAUCAAGAACUAAUAAUCAAUUGGCAAGUUGAAAUACUGGAUAAAAUUACUGAAUUUUCAUCAUUAUCAUUAAUUAUAUCCAAUAAUGUUGUUCUUGAUAUUGAUGCAAUUAGUUUGGAGCAUGAGCCAAAUAUUAAUGAAAUAUUAUCAUAUCUAGAGCAGGAUUUGACUAGUAACAAUAAAGAUGAUGAGGAUAAUGAUGAAUUCAAGAUUAUCAUAUUAGAAAUUCUUAUUUUUAUUAUUUCUUCUUCAUUUAGAUUAAGAAUAUUACUGCAUAAUACUUUGGAGUAUUUGAUUGAUUCAUUUUUGAAGAAAUUGAGUAUUGGAAGAGGUGCUACUUUGGAAAAUAUCAGACAACCAAGCAUUAUUAGUCAAUAUAUGAGAUUGAUAAUUCUAUAUAUGGAAUUUGGAUGUGAUACAAGGCAUUUCAAAAAAUUGGUCAAUCCAUUGAUCCAAAAAAAGAACCCUAUUGCAAAUCUUAUUUUAUCAGAAAUGUUGUUGCAAAUAUAUACCAAAUAUCAAGCUCAAUUCCCUGUUGUCUCAAUUACAAAACGAAUCAAUUUCCCGUUUAGUAAUGAUAAUUUGAAGAAAACAUUUAGUAUCCAUUCCUGGUUCAAAGUGAAUCGACAAUUACACAAUUUCAAUGAAGAUGCCAUGACAUUGUUUACUGUUUCAAGUUCUGGUCCUGUUAAUGGGAAUGACCAUAAUGGAGCUUUACUAAAAAUUAAAUUAAUUAACUAUACUCAAUUUAUGGUUGAAAUCAAAAAUCAUGUAAAUGGUUCAAAAAUUCGUUAUACAUUUAAUCAUAUCUUGCAAGAAACAGAGAAAAACCAGGGAUUCGUUCAUUUUGUGCUAACUUAUGAUAACUAUACAAAUUUGAACUUAUUUAUUGAUGGAGAAUACAGUGAAUCUAUUCCAUGUCCCGAACUUCACAAGCAUUUAAGCAACUGGAAUAAAAUAUCGAUUGGCGAAAAAUCCGAGGACAUUGCUUUAAGAAAUAAUGAAAUCAUUCUUCGAAAUUUGACUAUUUUGAAUACUAUUUUGUCAAAUGAAUGGAUCAACUUGUUAUACAAUUUGGGGUUAGGGUUUGACUGGGAAGUGAAAGAUUUUGCUAAUGACACCACACUACAUUUACUAACCCAACUAAACCAUCAAGGGCUAUUCAACGUAGCCCUUAAGUUUAAUGAAAUCAAAGAACAGAAGAAAAAUAUCGGGGUUAACAGCAAUAAUAAUAAUCACAUGUUUGGUUCAUCAACGGCUGCUAAAAAUGAUAAGAAUACUCUUGCAACUUUUGGGGGCACCAGAAUUAGAGAAAGGAAUUUUCACAAAAUCCAAUUCAACACCGCUCAUAAAUAUAUGAAUAAAGAGAAAAUUGCCAACUCGUUAUCAAAAAUAAAAGGUGAAAAUGUUACGUUUGAUUCUAAUGAUUUUUUCCAAAAUAUUUUACAUCAAGGAAAGAAAAAUGUGAGACAGAGUGUCACUAGUUCAAUUAUUUUUAACAAUCAGAGAUCUAUUUAUCAAGCAUUUAAUGUUAUCGGUGGAUCAUCUGUAGUAUUACGAAUUCUAGAAACAUCACUUGAAAUUACCAAUCCCCAACUUCGCGAUUCAAUAGUAUAUACAGUGUUAUCCCUUUUGCUAACAUUAUUGUCCAAUAAUUGGCGAUUAGAAAAAGAGUUUGAAAGUUUCAACGGAUAUGGAAUAUUGUCUGUCCUUCUAACCAAAUACAAGGAUUUCAACAAACAAUUGAAAUUUGAUAAAGUGUUGGAUGAUGUCGAACCAGAAACCAAUUUGCUCAAUAUUUUACUUGAAUUUUCUGGACACGAUUAUGAGUAUCCUUAUGAAUCUGCAGUUGUGAAUCCAAUUAGCUAUCGUAUACUAGUACUCAAUUUUGAUUUACAUUAUGGAACUGAAUCAUUUGAUUACUUGUUAUUUCAAAUACACUUGCUAUUAUACACAUCAAGACAUAAAGAGUAUAAUUACAACGAGUUGCGGAAAAUGAAGAUAUUACGUAAACUUGUUCAAUUCAUCAAGGAGCUGAAAAUUGAUGAUUAUAAUAUGUCACAAACAUUUAAAGAACAGUUGGCACAAACUUUGACAGGAAUUCUUCAUCUUGAUUCGUCUGUUGAAACCAUUGUUUUGUUUUCAUCGUAUAUUAUUUUUGCCUUGUAUAAUAACGAUAGCUCAACUGUAUGUGGCACAAUAACUUUACAAGUAUUAACUGACUAUUUAUGUGACUCAACAACUUCCAUAAAAACUUUAAAGAAAUUUUCAAGGUCCAUUACUAUUCACUGGAUUCUACUUUUAUUUCGAUUCCAAGAGUCCGAGAUAGUUGUUAAUUGUGGAAUUCGACUUUUGACUAAAUUACUCAAGGUGUUAGGCACCCACAUAAUACGAAAGUUUUUCCAAUUGAAUCACGGAUUGGAUGUAUUGACUCUGUUUUUAAAAGAUUGGUGGGAUAACGAAACAGUAUUGUGUUCAAUGUUUCUAGCAUCCUUUGGAAUUGAUACUCAAGAUACCACCAAUCCCGAGCUUUCUCAAAAUAGAGAUUUGACAGAAGUAUUAAACUCAAAUAUAAACAACUUACAGCAAUUGAUUAUCCCCGAGUUUUUAUUGUUAUUGAACAAUUUGGUUUUGAAUUCUAUGUACAUUUUGAGUCUUAAAUCAGGGAAAUUACUUCAUAGUAAUCCCUCAACCCCAAUCAAAAGUAGCAAUCAAGAAAAUGUAACGUUGGCUUUGAAUGUUCUUCACUUGAUCAACCAAUAUAUCACCUCAAUAAAAGUCGGAUUUGAGAAAUCAAAAUUGUUGCAGACAUUUUAUCUCAGUAAAGAAUUUCUCGAAGGAAUCGUUGAGUUGUUGGGUUAUUUGAAGUUAUCACUACUGUGGAGUAAUGUUGAUAUUCAGAAAAAUAUGCAAACAACUUUUGACAGACUUUCUAAAUUGAUUGCAAGCUUUUAUAUUUCCAACUUAUCCAAUGAAACGUUUUUACAAAGCUUUGAGAAAUUGAGUGAUUUUACUAAAGUUGUUUUAUUAGAUCUUGUGUUCCCGGAAGUAUUAGGACAUAUUAACCAAUUUAUCAGUGUUACAAAUUUUGUUUUCAACGAAAAACAGUUUUUUAAUAACACCAUACAAUUAUUACAUCAUUACAACGAAGAAUUGUUAAAUCAAAACUAUUUUGUGUCUUAUUCGAAUUUUGAUACAUUCUUAUUGUGUUCAAUUGCGAUUAGUGAGCUUGGAAUUGGCCACAAUUUGCAAUAUGUAAAGAAAAUGAUUGGCGAUAACGUUGUUGUCAAGUUUGUUAGGUUAGCAUCGGAUUGGGAUAUUCUGUUUACACAUUCCAAGGAAAAUUUGGAUUCCGUAUUAAAAACAUUGUUGUAUAGGCAAACAACCAUUUUGCAACCUGAUGUGAUAAUUAGCAAAAGGCUAGUUCAUAUCAUUAUUUUGUUGCUCGGUAUGGUACUUACACCUGGCCCUGAAAACAAAACUGCUAACGUUGAACUACCAUUUAAUUUCUUGAGAACAUGUUACUUGAUGAGACAAGAUGAAUUUUCCCUGAUUUUAGAAAAAAUGAAUUGUGAUAAAAACUUGAUGCAAGAGUUUUUCAAUAAUUUGGUAUCCAAAAACGACAGUGAAACUUUAUUGAGACUACAAAAGUAUCCACCAUUUGUGAAAAGUAUACUCAAAGAGUUUCAAAUGUUAAAGGAACAGUACAACAGUACAGAGUAUUUGAAAGUAUCUAAUAUGAUUAGUGUCACUCUUCAUAAUGGUGGGAAAUUGGGACAAAUGAAUAGUAUAUAUAUCAAGAGUUUUGAAAAAGAUUGCGAGCUGAUCAAAAGUCAAACUAUGAAUGCCGAGUUAGUUAAAUUUAAUAGGUUAGUACAAGAUAAGGAGGAAAGUAUUAAACAUUUAAUUUCCACAUACCAUGGAUUGAAAACAGAAGUUUCAAGAUUGUUUGAAGAUCAUGCUGCUGCUAAAAGUUAUGUGUUGGAUUAUAUCGAAAACACAAAUCGAAUGAGAAAAAGACUUAUUGUUGAGGAUCAGCUACCAGAAUCGGAACGACUCACUUAUAAUAUUGAUGUCCCAUUGAAACAAAUUGAUUCAUUUACUAAUUCGAGUGCCAUUCACCAAUACGACGCUGCUAUUACUGCUACUGGAAUUGACACAUUGAGCUUAUCAUCAUCUAAUGAAGAAGUGUCUCCUUAUGGGGAAGAUAGUUUCGAAUUCGUUGAAAGCAAUGAGACUGAAGGAGAGGAAGAAGAAACGGAAAUCAAUCAUGUUUAUGAAGAUAAGAAUCGGAAAGUGAGCAGAAGUUUGUAUGUUGGUGAUCAAAUUGUCACACUUUGGAAUAUUAGUCAGAUCAAUGGUCUAGUUCCAAUUGAAAGUUUGAUGAUAUUGGGGUUGAGUCAUUUGUAUUUGAUCGAAAAUUAUUUUCACAGUAAAGAUGGUAACGUUAUUGAUGUGGAAGAUGCGCCACCUGAGUUGAGAGAUCCUAUUCUUCAAUUGGUCAACUCUCAAUCAAGCAACAUAUUAAAAAAUGAUGGGAAAUUACACCGAAGCAAAAAUUGGAGCUUGGACAAGUUGAGUUGUAUCUCCAAAAGACAUUUUUUGCUACGAGAUAUAGCGUUAGAGAUGUUUUUCAGUGACGGCGCCAGUAUCUUGAUCACUUGUUUGACCACAAAGGACAGAGAUGCAAUAUAUAAUAAACUUUAUUCUUUUGCCUCGGGAAAAGGAGUUGAUUAUGAUUUAAUACAGGCAUUGCAAUCUUCUACCCAUGAUUCCUUAUAUUCUUUUGGAGCAUCAUCAUUAUCAUCCAAACUUGUGUCUGCCUUUUCACAAACCAGCAUUUCCAACAUGAUGUUUCUUGAGGCGACCAAAAAAUGGAAAUUAGGUGAAAUGUCAAAUUUUUACUAUUUAAUGAUUGUGAAUACCUUAGCUGGCAGAACAUUUAACGAUUUGACCCAGUACCCUGUUUUCCCCUGGGUGAUUGCUGAUUAUAAGAGUGAGACGCUUGAUUUAUCUGACCCCAGAACAUUCAGGGAUUUAUCAAAACCAAUGGGGGCGCAAACGCCGGCGAGAGAAAAUGAAUUUCGAGAAAGGUUUGAAGCAUUGGACAGUCUCAAUGAUCAUGAUGCACCAGCAUUCCAUUACGGUACACAUUAUUCUUCUGCAAUGAUUGUCACAUCGUUCUUGAUUCGUCUAAAGCCUUAUGUUCAAUCGUAUCUAUUAUUGCAGGGAGGCAAAUUUGAUCAUGCUGAUCGAUUAUUUAACUCGGUAGAACGAGCUUGGUUAUCUGCAUCCAGAGACAACACUACUGAUGUUAGAGAAUUGACACCAGAAUUUUAUUACUUGCCCGAAUUUUUGGUCAAUGAAAACAAUUUUGAAUUUGGUAAAUUACAAAAUGGUGAAUCGUCCCAUGACGUGGAAUUACCUCCAUGGGCAAAAGGUGAUCCGAAAAUAUUUAUUGCCAAAAAUAGAGAAGCAUUGGAAAGCUCAUAUGUAUCAGCGAAUUUGCACUUGUGGAUUGAUUUGAUUUUUGGUUAUAAACAGAGUGGAGAAGAAGCUGUAAAGGCUCUAAAUGUUUUCCACCACCUUUCCUAUAGUGGAGCAAUUAAUUUGGAUAACAUAAAUGACGAGGUAGAAAAACGUGCUGUGAUAGGAAUGAUUAACAAUUUUGGUCAAACACCAUGCAAGUUAUUUAACCGUCCACAUCCCUUGCGAGACGUUCUUAAUUUACCAAAUUAUUAUUUAACUCAAUUUGAUGGCAAUGCAUCACGUUUGAAACUUGUAUUUGAGUCCAAAUUGAAAGCUCCUAUAUCCAAGUUGGAAAUAAGUUCCAAAAAUGCCAAUCGAUGGGUUGGAAGACAGAAUUGCAUUUCAUGUGAAGAUGAUUUGUUGAUUAGAAAAGCUAAGAAAUUAAAGCAUGAAUGUGGUUCAUUGUUAGUUAAUGAUACUUUAUUCCUCAGUGUGCAUUCAUCUGACAUUACAACAGUAUUACAGUUGGGACAUAAACUAUUCGUCACUGGUGCUGAAGAUGGCAGCAUAUAUGUAUGGAAAUGUAAUUUACGACCAACGACGACACUCCAAUACGAAGCACUUUUAAGAGGUCAUUUGACUAGUGUUUUAAAAAUUGUUUACACCAAGAGUUUUAAAUUUGGUGCCAGUAUUGAUAAGGAUGGGAUUGUUAUAGUAUGGGAUUUCAUACGGUUCAAAUAUGUUCGAAAAUUGAUUCCUCCAGUUUUAACUGAAGAGAACGCUACAGUUAGCCCGUUAUUGGCAGUGUCAAAUGAAAGUGGGAAUUUUGCUACUGUUCAUUUUGACAAAAAUCUAAAUGGUUUACUACAGUUAUUUACUAUUAAUGGUGAGUUAAUUAUAUCUUUUGAAUUCCCUGCUAUUGAAGGACAAAGAAUUGACGCGAUAACUUUUGCGACAACAAAUUCAAUUAUGGUUGAUAACACAAGAAAUAUUAAUGUUAACAAACAUAUAUAUUGGUCAAAAGAAAUUUUAGCGGUUGCUCGAAAGAAAUCCAUUGAACUUUGGGAAUUAAUUCCAGAUAAUGGUUGGGAAUUAAAACAACUAGAUAAGGUUGAUUUACAAGAUAAAAUAUCGGGAGAUAUAACAGUCAUUGAGCUUUUUAAAUGUUCGGAAGUUGACACUGAAGAUAAACUAAUCAGAGGAAAUUUAAAGUUAGUAAUUGGGGAUUCAACAGGAAAAGUAUAUACUUUGUAA